GGGAAUCGAUAUGCACCCGAUAGGCCUAAACUAUUUUAGUGAUAGUUUUUUCCCAAUUAGUAAUUAAUAACCAUAAAUGCCGUUUUCCACCAUCGCGUGCGAAAUGACGUGCCUUGCCUGAGCUGCUUACAUAAGGCGCCGCCACACCACACACAUCGAUCAGCAGGGAUUAGCGAGGCUUUGAGGCUUUCGAUUGGAAUCGGACGACAUGGCGAAGGUGACGGAGGGCAGCAAAAUGCUGGAGGCGGCGCUCCAGCAGAUGGACGGGCUCAUUUCCGGAUCGGGAUCGGUGGUGGGAGCAGGGGCUUCCCUCACGCUAAGCGAGCGCAACCUGAUUUCGGCCACCAACGUUCUGUCGACGGCCAAGACUUUGGCUUUGGCCCUGCAACAGGUCGGCCUGGCUGCUCCCGCCCCUGAUCCCGUCACGGCGGCCAUCAUCAGCGACUGGCUGGAGACGCACAUACCGCGCCAGGACUCCGACGAGCGGAUGCGCCGCCUGCAGCGGGACAAGGAGGGCCUGGCCCUGCAGUACCAAAUGCUGGCCGAGCGCGUCUCGGAGCAGGCCGACAAGAUCAUCGAGCUGGAGGGCCUGAUCACGGAGAAGAGCCAGCAGCUGUGCACCAAGGAGGAGCAGCUGCAGCGCCAGAUGAUCUCGCGCUCGGCCCUCGAGACGCAGAAGCUGGAGCUGAUGAGUGCGCUGAGCGAGCUGAAGCUGCAUCGCACCGCUUUGGAGCAGGUGCAGGAUGGAGGAGGCGUUCCCAUUCCUUAUGGCAGUCUGAGCAACAUCAACCAAAAGGCCAAGACGCCGCCCUCGGCGCUGCGGCAUCAGAUAAAGCCGCAGUUUCACAGUCUGCCCAGGUCGCACGGCAAGUUGGCGAACAACAAUAACAACCGCGCGUUGGACGUGAAUGCCAACAGCAGUGGGAAGCAGCGGAACGUGGCCUUCGCCUCCAACGAACAGAUACUGAUCGAGGAUAGUCCUCAGCAGGUGGAGGAUCCCAUGACCUCCAGCUUCAUGUCGCAGUUCACGCCCUCGCCAAAGCUGCGGGAACGAUCUGCGCGGGGCUUGCGCAACAUACUCGGCAAGCUGCGGCGCAGCAACAGCAGCAACUGCGAACUGACCGCUUUGGAGCAGGCCGAACCGGAGUUUCGACGCGGUGGUUCCCGGGCCACCGCCGGCGGACGCAUCGAGUGGAGCGCCCAGACGCCGCUGUUCGGUGAGAACGAGAAGCACUGGACCACCUGGGGAGUGCAGGAGGUGUGCAAUUGGCUGGGCUACAUGGGCCUGGGCUGCUACGAGGACAACUGCAGAAAAUGGCUGAAGGCGAGUCCCUCUGUGUCGAUCUUCACCGCCUCGCCCGUUGACAUCGAACGAGAGCUCAACUUGAAACUGCCGCUGCACCGAAAGAAGAUCCUGCUGGCCAUUGAUGAGCUGACUGGCAAGGAGUUCGACGAUCUAACUAUAAAAGCGUCCGUUUUGGAUGUCGCCUGGGUUCUGCGCUGGCUGGAUGACAUCGGUCUGCCGCAGUACAAGGACUACUUCAUGCUGGCCAAAGUCGACGGUCGCAUGCUGCACCGCCUGACGCUCGAGGACCUCUCGCAGCUGCAUGUCAGCUCCUGCCUGCACAUUGCCUCGCUGCGAGCGGGCAUCUUGUGCAUGCGCCGCAUGUCCUGGAACGCAGAGGGUCUGAUACGGCGCUCCAUCAAGGUGGUUAGCGAGGAGGAGGGCGGAGGAGCCAGCCCCGAUCGGGACAACGUGGAGCUGUGGACGGCGCACCGCAUCAUGGGCUGGCUGCAGACCAUCGACCUGUCCGAGUACACGCCCAAUUUGCGCGGUGCCGGCGUCCAUGGGGCGCUGAUGCUGUACGAGCCGCGCUUCAACGCGGACCUGCUGGCCGACCUGCUGUCGAUACCGCCGAGCAAGUCGCUGCUGCGCCGCCACCUGGCCAUGCACUUCAAGGAGCUGGUGGGUCGGCCCGUCAUCCUGAGCAAGCGGGAUGCCGAAUCGCUGCCCGGCUACCAGCCUCUGAACAUAACGGCCAAGCUGAAGCCGGUGAAGCGCACGCAGUUCUCGCUGAAGCGACGCAAGAGCGCCAAGGGCCAGAGCGACGUGGACUGGACGGAGUACGUGUGCCCCAUGAAUGCCAGGGUGCCGGAGGCGUCGUCUCUUUCGGAGGCGGGCAAGGACCACGAGAGCUCGAUGAGCUCGAAUUAACGCACAAUUUGAGGAGAAUGUUUUUUAGUUGUA